UUUGAAGCCAUCAUGGAACUGACAGUGAGGAACAGAGUAGUGUCAAAUGAUUAUGAGGAGGAGCAGACAGACAAAACAGAAGAUAUCUAUCAGAGCCUACAGUAUCCACCAUUGACAGUGAAUGUGCCGCCAGAAACCAGAUGGAAGGGAAAAUGGAUUCUGUGGCUGUCUGUCAUUGGUGCAGUUAUUCUGACCAUCCUGACAACUGUUGUGGCAGUAUUCUACUUCAUGGGCAGAAUUGAGAAUCUUUCUUUGAUUGAAAGAGAGUCAUGGCUUCUGCAUAAGGAUUUUUUCUAUUUGCUUAAGCCAAGCUAUGUUGCAGACUGCGAUGAAGCAAUUCAGUUCUGUGCCAGUAGAAACACCACCCUUGCUGCCAUAAACCAGGUCAAUAUGGACUGGUUACGGAAGAUGGCAGAAGGGAGGUGGUUAAUUCUAAGAUCGGAAAAGGAAUGGUCUGGCUCUGGCUCUGGCUCUGGCUCUGGCAUUUUCAUGGAUGAUGACUCUGAUUCCCUGUGUGAGCUUCUCCAUGACGACCCCUCUGCCACUCCGCCAUUUGAACACACUUCUGCUUUGUGCAUGCGGAAGGCCUGCUGAUGCCUCCACCUGCAGAAGACUUUUACCCCAGGGGCAGUUUUAACACCUUUUACACCACAGCAUUUUUGCCAUCCUUACUAAUUUUAAACUAACUACUUCUAUCUCCACCCACUUUAAUUCAAUUUCAAUUCCUAUCGUCCAAACGAAUCCUGUAAACGCACUGCCCGAAACCGCACUUUUUCGAAACCAGGGGCCUCAUUACAGAAAAAUAUCCUAACUGCUUGUCCUAUCUUAACUUAAGUUUCAAAGAUAGGAAAAAUCCUAUCUUCCUAUUACAGAAGCAGUUCCUAAACUCAUGGCUGUGUCCUAUCUUAUCUCAGACCUCCUAUCUUAUCUUAACUUAAGAAAUCCUAACCAUAACUGUCAAUUCGAUUUUUAAAUCGGCAAUCGUCCUGUCAUGCCUGUUUCUAUGAUUAGAAUGUAUACAAGACUGCCUGUAUCUAUGAGAAUGUAUCUAUUAGAAUGUCAGGUUGCAAAGAUGGUGUUCUAAAGACAGUUGUUUGCUCAAGAUGGACAAACCAUAUCAGAGAGAAAUAGGUCUAGGUUAGGCCUAUGUAGGAAGAAAGAGAGUGUGUCGAUAUUGAUUCAUUGGAUGAACAGGAUAAAAAAAUGGAAAAACAAAAAACAUAUUUAUAAUAAUACAUACCAGUAAUAGUCUAAUAUUCUGUUAUAAUUAUUAAUAUUUAAUUGUUAUAAAUAUUAUAAAUGUUUUAAAACACAUAGCUUAUAGGCUACAUUUUUAAGUUUUCACUUAAUUAACUUAUUUAGUGAAAUAUGCUUUAUGGUGUCCCUAACAGCCAUGUCCAUCAUCUUGUCAUAGGCUAGGCAACCACUCUCACAAGACUGUUGCAGUCAGUUUUGGCAGUUAUUUUGCAUUUAGGACAGGGUAUGUGCCAUCCUAAGUUAGGAUUCCUAAGUUAGGAAAUUCUUGAGUUAGGAUGGUUCUGUAAUGGCCAAAUUCCUAUCUUAAGUUAAGAUAGGCCUUUUUCCUAAAUGCAGUUAGGAAACAUGCUUCUGUAAUACCAAAAAUCCUAAAUGCCAUCCUAAACUGAGAUAAGAUAGGAUUUCAGAGUUAGGAAGUUUCUGUAAUG